AUUGUCAGCUGUUUUUCUUUUACUGCAUGAGAGCAAAGGUACAGUGCAUCGAUUCCUUACGUGACAGAAGAAAAUUGCAAGCAAUUGAUCAACGUCUUUCCCGCACCGAGUCACGCAAUGCCUCACAAAUGACACUUAAAGUGCCUGCUGCUGUUGCACAUCUAAUUUCGGCGAAAGCUCAUUGUGCUAUACGAUAACACCUCUUCCACGUACAAAACGAAAAGCUACAGAAACUCCUGGCCUUCGUAAUCACGCGAACGCAGAAGCUGCAACCCAUGCGGGUAUUACGUCUGCCGCCGCACUCUACUGCCGCCAAACACGCUAUGACUUGAUUGCUUUACACGGUUGAAUUAAUUAAUUACAGUCUUUCGUGAAUUCCCAUGACCACUGUUAAUUACAUUCUGUAAUUCUGAACAUUGUUAAGAGUGCAGGGAGUUUUCUGUCCUACGUCAGAACUGAAACAGUGUCGAAUGCUGAGAGCACCGGCGCAGUUGGCAGUCCCUGCCCUUUCCCCGCAUGUUAUUGGUUUUUGUUUUGAAACGCCAGUUUCAAGCGUCAACGCGCGGUUUGUGUACGGGAUAGUUUGUAUGUAGUGCGUAUUUGUUUUGAAAUGAUGUCCGACGCUGAUCACAAUUCUGUUUAUCAUCGCAAAAUGGCAUUGCUGCAAGAGAAACUGCGGAAAAGUGAAGAAGAAAGAUUGAAGUUGGAAGAAAAAUUCUCAGUUAUGAUGAAAGAGUGCAAGGAAGAAGAAGAAGAAAGAUUGAGCCACUUAAAGUUGCAGUAUGAAAGCUUUCUAGAAGAAGACAGGAAAAGACGAGACAGAAAUGACAGGAUUAUGAGGUCACUAGACAGAAUAGAAAAUAGAGCUGCAACACUCAAUGCAAAAUCAAAAAGAUUAAAGCUGUUAAGGGAACAUUAUGAAGCUUACCUGAAGCGGGUAUAUCCAACAUGGAAGAAUAAGAGUUCAGGUUUUGCAUCUACUAGAAAUAAUCACACAGGACAUAGCCCAGUUUGUUUUGAUCAGCACAAUGAAUCGUCAUAUGCUGAAAGCUUUACAACUCCAUUCACAACCAAUCGUAGAAAUUCUGUUUCCUUCUCAGAUAAUCUAUCAUCAUCUCCAAGAUUAAUGGAUAUUUCGUACUCACCAAGAAACUUUGGCGAUACUAUGAGCCCUAAUGGUUUUCCUAGAUAUCAGCAACGCACUCUAGAUAGAGAGGUCACUGGAGGUAAAUCAAAGUUUCCAACAAAUGUGUAUGACAAUGCUGCAAUAAAAAAAGGAUUGGAAUAUGAUCAUGGACCUAACAGUUAUAUCAGAGGAAUGAAAACAGAGUUUAACAACACAGGCACAUUACAUGACAGCCCAAAUAUCAUAAAUGGAUACUUGGGAUUUACAGGGCAGUCAGCUGUUUCAAACUCAGACAUUUACUUCAGUUCUGACACUCAGAAGUUCCCUUCCACAUUUGAGAACAGAAUGCAAAAUUUGAAUGAUAGCAAAACAGAAAUUCAUGAUCCACGAGACAGACUUCAGUUCUUACAUGAAAAUAACAUUAUGGGCAAUAUGGAAAGAUCUCCAAGCGUAGUGAAUUCUGUGAAGGGGGAUUUAAGUCCUGUGUACAAAAAAGAAAGUAAGGAUCUGGCUGCUGGUAUGGCAGCAGACAUAGAUUGGGAGCAGAAUACCAGUCGUGAUCUUCUCAAUAUGUCUCUUACAGAUGAUGGAAAGGUUUCAAAUGGUCCACGGAAAGCAGAACAACUAAUGAAACAUCAGCAAAAUUUGCAUGUACUUAAAAUGCAGAUGGAGGAUGUAAAAACCCCAGUGACAGAAGAUAGUUAUGCUGAGAACCAUGAUCACAGCAAAGGUUUUCUUGAGGAGCAUAUUCAAACACAUGUUAAAGGAGAUUUGUCUUCAGAUUAUAACAAACAGGAAGAAAUUGGAACUGUUUCUCCACAUAAGACUUAUGUCCAAGAAAGCCACGACGAAAAAGAUGAAAUGGAUGGUAUAAACUCUGUAGAUAAUUCUACUGAUGAUAUUUCUAUUGAAAUUGGUAGAAAAAUCGAAAGAGCUCUAUCUUCUGAAAGAGAAACAGUAAAACCAUCAGGUUCUCCAGAAAGACAGAGAAAUCUUGACAUAAUAAUGGAAGAAUCCAACAAUACUGAAGAGACUCAUUCACAAACUAAGUCAAUGCCAGAAAAAGCUAAUGACUUUUCUGUGAAUGACACUGAAUUGUUAAGUGGUGCCAUACUGACAGAAGAUGACGAGCUGCAGUAUAGUUUGAGUAAUGACACUGGACUUAAAGAGACCAAUGAGCAGCAGAUAAUUUUAGAAGAGAAAGCUGUGCACAGGACUGCUUUGCCUGUACAAGGUGAACAAAUAACGUCUGACUUCAAGUCCCAAAGUAGAGACCUUUCAAGGGGAGACAACCACACAAAUUUUGAAGGAAAUGGCAGUGAAGCAAACCAGGGAAUUUAUGAGAGUAAUAUUCAAAAUGUAAAUGAUAAUUUGAUGUAUCUUCAGCAGCCACAGAAUGUUUAUGAAACUGUUCCAGCUUAUACCGAGGACAUCAGGCAAACUGCGUAUGGUGAUUAUAAUAAUGGGAUAGUAAAUGCUCAGGAUGGUGAACAAUAUUUGCAAGAGGCUCCUAAUCCAGAAGUUCUUGCUGAAAAAUAUGAUGUGCCAGCUGCAAACUUGGACAGUGGCCUUCAACCAAUACAUACUGAAGGUGGUGACAUGAAUGUAUCUGGAGUUAUAUUUGACAAUACCCAGGAUCAAAAUUAUAUUUAUGAUACUGUACAGAAUGUAGAAGACAAUUAUAAUCCUGGUGGAGGAUUAAGUGAAAAUUUUUAUGUGGAGACCUAUGAGUCAUCAGAUCCUAAUUUUGGACAGCAGUUGCAGCCAAACAAUGUUGUUCCUGAUCAGAACUGGGAACCAUAUAAUGAGAUGGCAUUUCAAGGUGACAGGGGUCAAGAUGAAGUUCAGUCUACUUAUCAGAACUUUGAAAUACAACAAGAUGUGGACACCCAGAACUUGCAGCCUGGAGAAUUUAUAUAUAGUCAGGAAGUCCCUGGCAAUGACCCUCAGUUCUACACAAACAAUUUAGAGCAACAGGGAGCAUAUAAUCAACAACCAGGCGAGGACCAGUACUUCUAUGGUGAUGGUGUGCAGGCUGGCAGUGUUCAAGAAGAUGUAAGUGGCAACCAGCUUGAUUACAUAACCAAUGAUGCUGCAUUAGAACAACAAACGUACCAACAACCUGAUGAAGGGGAUGGAGGUUGUAGUCCACAGCCUGAUGAUGAGCCUAACUGUGUAAUGGACAAGGCUGAUGAUGGGGUUGCAAUUUCUUCCAGUCAAGUAUUUGACAAAAACCAACUUCCUGAUAUUCGAGUACAGCAAAAGUCAGAACAGUACACUGAAAACUUGCAUGCAGUGGCAAUUGAAUCAUGUGAGGGAUCUAGAAAUAAUUCUGAAAUGCAGAGAGAAAUGUUAGAAAAACAAAAUGCUUGCAAUAGCGAAUCUGUUCCCAAUACUGUGCAAGACUCAACAAAUUUAUCUGACAAUCUGGAGACAGAAAACACAAGAGUCAAGGGAGAAUUUUGUCAAGAUCCUAAUGGUAUGGAAACAGUACUGGCACCUAGUGAAACUACUGACAAUAAGAGUGAUGGUGAGACAGGCAUUGAACAGUCUCCCAGUACAACAGAGAUUGCAGCAAAAAAGGCAAGUAACGAUGUGCAGGGUGAUGGGAGAAGCAUUGACUUACUUAACACUAUAUCAGAAGAAGUGAAAGAUGAAAUAGCUCAUACAAAUGGCAGCAAUUCAUUUAAAGAUGAUCCAAGAAAUGAUCAGCACAAAGAUAUCAUAAGUGGACAUCAAGAGGUUGUGGAAAGCAAUAUUAUUACUAAAUCAGAUGAGAAAGUGUCAAACAGUGGAAACAAGAGAGAGGAGAUGAACACUUAUUCAAACAAAGAGCCAUCUGAUUUAGAAUCCGCAAAGUCAGUAAUAUCAGGGGAAGAGGAAUUUACCGAGUCAUUUGAUGGAGGGAAAUAUCAUGAACCAACUGUGGGUUAUGAACGUGGUAUCCCUGGCUACAAUAAUGCUGCUGACAGUAGCACAACUGAAGACUCAUCAGAACGCUGGACAACAAUGCCGAAGAAGACAAGGCAACAGAUGACUCUCAAGGUACAAAAUAAGAAGGCAGAAACUUCGUUGCCACCCGACGAGGAUAGUUCUGAUGACUCAGAACAAAUACAACCUGUGUUACAUGCACCACAUGUAAGAGUGACUUCUCACGCUGACACCUCAGAUGAUUCAGAGCAGCUAGAUAACAGGGUGACAACUGAAACUCAGAAUAGGACACUUCGGGGUAACCAAAAAGAACCAUUAAAUACUGGAGAAAAUACUUCUAUGCAAGGAGAAGGUAAACUGGGCAGGUUACCUGCCAGAGCAUCAUCGAAGCUCCCUGUGAUCUCAACUGUGUUGGACUCUGAUAAUGAAUCAUUACACCUUGGCAGUGAAUCAAGCAUGACCUAAAAAUAUUGUGUCAAUAACACACAGUCUGCAGAAACCAGAAUACUUUAGUUGGUUUUAGUGACUAGCUCAAUUGUAUUACAGGGAGAGAGAGACUGGCUAGAUGGGAGGGGGGGGGGGAGGGGGGAGGAGUAAUAAGCACAUUCCCAUUUGUAACUCCCAACAUACUAGAAUGAUUCAGUACAAUUCUUGCAAAAUAAAAUAACUGUGCACUGAUAGCUGAUUUGUUUUAGAAACACAAUGAUAUCGUUCUUUUAUGUAAUUCAUAAAAACAGUGCACAAUGAUGUCACCAGUUGCCAUGAGCAAAAUCUUUUAUUGUGUGUUUUCUUUCUGUGACACUUCUCUGUUCGUUUCUCGUUUUAUUUAUUUAUUUAUUUAUUUAUAUAUUUAUUUAUUUUGUCAGUCUUAACAAAGAGAAGUGUUUGGAGAAAUGUUGUUGGGGUAAUUGUUUUUGUCAUUUUAGCAAAUUAAGGAAAUUUGGGGUGCCCAUAAAAGUGUACCAAUAAUAAAUUUUAAUAUUAUCAGCUGUAAGCAUUGUAGAGUGUUCACUAAUAAGUCACAAUUAAAGAGUAACUCGGACAGUUAUAGAUAAGCACAUGUGUGAGUACUGCUUUGUUGUUUUCCCAUGUACAUUGCCACAUAUGCAAACUUCCUGAGCAUAAAGCAUUUUGUGUUCUGCAGUUGAGUAUGUAAUUUUAGUUCAAAGUGCAUUUCAUUUAAAGUUAAAUUGUGGUCUCUCAUAUGUCAAAAAUAUCUGCCGAUGUUGUAGUCAAUUCAAAUGGCAGGGUGUGCACGUAAAAGGAAAAGUGAUGAGACCACUUUUCAUGUAAGUAGGAAGGUAAAUAGCAACAGUGUUCAUAUCUUGUGAUCAGAACAUCCUCAUUAACCUGUACAAAAUCAAAGAGAUUCCCCAAAACUAAACAUUUUCUGCACUUUGUCCUGAAGUCAUGUGUGCAGAAAUUUUUUUUCGCUGAAGCUACCGUAACGGGUGGCUUGUUUGGAUAUGUUGCUAGAAUGAUUUGUUUCCCAUUUAGGAGGUGAAACUGAAAUCUUCAUUUGCCAACAAGCUGUAGCCUCUCCCUAUUAGCAUCUCUUCAUAUGAGAGUGGUUAAAAUUCAGAAUCCCUGACCACUGGAUUGUUUGUAAUGGUCAAUAAGACAGUGUGUUUUUCUGUUGGCUUCCACAUUCACCCUACAUCACACAAUGCAGUUUUUUCCUUUGAAGCUUUAUAGUAGAUCAUGUCUACAUUCAGCCACUACCUAAUGAUUUGCUAGUGUUGAACCACAGAACUGAAGAGGGUAUUGCUUCCAUUAAUCCGAACAAGUUAACCAACGUGUGGGAAGAACUGGAUUUUAUAUUGAACAUGUUCCAUGUAAUUAAAGGUGCAUAUAUUGAACAUUUGGAAAAAAAAAACUUGUUUAGUUUACCUUCAAUGUGAUGUAUGCUUUGUUGUAAAUAGUCUAAAUUAAAGUGUUUUAAUAUACCACUGAAACUGGAACAUUCUUUAAUGAACACCCUGUACAGUAAUUACCAUGUCUCAGAUAAAAAUUCUGGCAGUUAACUAAUAAAUAUUACUGGCAGAAGUAAAGCUGUGAGGACGGGUCAUGAGUUGUGCUCGGAUAGCUCAGUUGGUAGAGAACUUCCCCAUGAAAAGCAAAGGUCCUGGGGUUCGAGUCCCAGCCUGGCACACAGUUUUAAUCUGUCAGGAAGUUUCAGUCUUACGAAUGGUUUGAAAACAAGCAAUAUAACUUCUUGUGAGCUCCCUAGUAGUCCUGAUAUGACUGAGGAAGAGCACAUAGGCAGCUUUUGUUUAAUGCACAACCACUUUUACCUUAAUUACCAUGAGAAUUGUUUGGAAGUAUUUUAGCAUUGUGUAAAUGCAGCUAAAGAGCUUUCAGGUGUAUUUUGUCAAUUCAACCUGUUUUUGAGAAUAGGAUAGAAUGGGAGACAUGCUCGGAUUUGAAUAGGUGUCCAGACAGGAAUAUAAAUAACAUGGCUUUUAGGCAAGGUCCUUCUUUAGAUAAGUUUUCAAAAUAUUGUAUGAAUUGGGUAAUCUCAGUAGAUUAAUAAUGAUAACUAAGUCCAAGGUUGUAUGUUUUAAAAAAGUUAUGGUUAAUUGCAUAUCUUUAUCAACACAUAAGCAGAUAAUUGAUUUGCAAAGAAAUUUGCAGAAAUAAAUGGAGUAUUAUUUAAAUCUGUGAAAAUUGUGUGUGCAGUAAAGCUUUCAUAGUUGUUGAACACUUGUUCAGGCAUUCACUUAUAUAUCUACUCAUCUAAACAGCACACAAGUGUAAAGUACUGAAGUGCCAUGUCUUCACAAAAAUACUUUUGCUGAACCACAUAAAAAGGUUCUGUAUAUAUUUAAACCAACUUAAAAACCACAUACAAAUAAAGCCUAUAAAACAUCUCAGAAACAGUUAUGAAAAACAAUUAAAUUCAUUAAAUGCUGCUGUAAGUCUAAGAAACAAAAAGUUUUGAGUAUUAAAUUACGUGACCAUAUUACUGCCAAAACUACUAACCUAAACUUUUACAUUGAAUGACCUAGCUCCUGCCUCCUUGAGCACACAGAGCGACAGCAUGCUGACAUUCAGGCUUAAAUGUAACUGUCAACU